UCACGUCACCGCUAAAUUCUACAAAAAAAGUUGUGGUUAAAAAUUAAUCUCGCAAAGAAUUUAUCUCACUACAAGCGUAGUGCAAAUUUAGACAAGGGUUUUCCAAACAAUGCUAUACUCUGAAGCACGUUACAGAUAAUCAAGACAUAGGGAGAUAAUAUCGGAUAAUUUAUCUGAUAAAAUCUUAGCGUUAUAUAUAAACCUAUCUAAAUUUUGUCAUACAAUACAAAAUGUUACAGAAAUCACCUAUAGGUGUGUCAAAAAUGUUUCUAUUAGGAAUUUUUUUAUUGGUUUCCGUUUGUGGAUCUCAAGCUGGAUCAGAAAAGAGUUUGGAGUCUUUUUUAGUUCAUGAGCUUGUGCCUGAUAUUCUGUCGCAUCCACCGGCGUCGCUCCUCGCUGUUAGUUUUCCAAGUGGAGUAGACGUAUUAGAAGGCAAUGAACUGACCAUAGAAGAGGUAGAAGGACUUCCUCUGAUGAACUGGGGGGCAGAAGAAGGGGUGUGUUAUACCAUCAUAAUGUGCGAUGCCGAUGCGCCCUCCCGGGCUGAUCCUAGCGGCCGCUCAUUCCUCCAUUGGUUGGUGACGAACGCUCAACAAGAUGACGUCAACAGCGGAGACACCCUGGUGGACAUCCUCAACUCGCACCCUGGGCCCGGCACCGGCUUACAUCGAUAUGUCUUUUUAGUGUAUCGACAGGCGGGGAAAUUGACGAUAGAAGAUUCUACGCCUAAUGCCACGUUCGAGGGUCGAGUCAACUUUUCUCCAGACGUUUUCGGUGCGAAAUAUAAACUGGGCGAUCCCAUCGCUGGGAAUUUUUAUCAGACUCAAAAUUAUGAGGAAUAAAGAUGUGAAUGAAAAA